AAGCACUUCACUGGACCUCACGAUGGACCCUGAAAUCGUAGUAGGCAUUGAUUUUGGCAUGACCGUGAGUGAUACGACAACUCUUGUCCUUUCGGAAGCAAUCACUGAAUGUGCGGCAGNNUGUACCGGGGUCGCCUAUUCAAUGGCACCAGAUUGGGGCGCACCCACGACGAUCCAACAUUGGCCAGGACGGCCAAGUCAAAACCNNCUCAACAAGGUCGAUACCAUGAUUGCAUAUCACCCCGCACGCGAGCAAGCUGUCACUUGGGGCUUUCUGAUCGACAGAGAUGCCUCGGAUGAGCUGGAAAUCCAGUCCCUCUUCAAGUUGUUCUUGGAUCCUGCACACCAAGCCCGGUCGCGACACAUACCUGAUGUUCGAGAGGCUCGUAAGUGGUUCGUUGACUAUAUGCACUGCUUGUACCGUGCCAUCAUCCAGCACUUCGAUGACAGCUAUGCGCGAUGGAGUACAAGGAGGCUUGAAUUUCUCUUCAGUGUUCCUACGACAUGGAAGAAUCCUGCUAUGGUAGCAGAGAUAGAAGCGUUGAUCAAGCAGGCCGGUUUCAGCAGCAACAAGAAUCACACCGUCAGGAUCUCCUCAACCGAAGCAGAAGCUGCGGCAGUCUGUGUCUCUAAGCAAGGAUACGAGAAAGGUGACGUGUUUCUUGUCUGUGAUGCAGGAGGAGGUACAACCGACAUCAACAUCCUCAAAAUCAAGAACACAGAGCCUGGGCAGCACGAAAUCGAACCUCUUGACUGGGUGGAAGGAGCCGCAGUCGGAUCGACACUUAUCGACUUCAAGAUCGAAGAACUCAUUCUAGACCAACUUGAACGCAUCCAGAGCCAUCUCCAUGCUCCUGCUGAGCUUCUAGCUGAGAGAAUGGUCAAUUCUUCCGCCUUCCAAACAUUCAAAUGUAGUUUCGGCCUGGACGCACAACAAGGACUCGAUCUUUUCCUUACCGUACCCACUCUUGCGAUUGGUCUUGACUUUCCCGAUAGCAACAUUCAAGAUUCGAGGAUGAGGAUCACGAGAGAAGAGUUUCAGCAAGUCUUCGAGGAGUGCAUCGGGAAGAUCUUCGAACUCAUCGAUAUGCAAAUUAAGCAACUUCAAAACACUCAUUCACGCGAGACAAUCAACUAUUUGAUACUCUCUGGGGGACUAGGGAGCUCGCCCUACUUGAAGCAGUGUAUGCGCAAGCGUUACGAACAGAAUGCAGACAUGAAUCUCUACAACGCUCGAGAUAUCAAGAUCUUGAUUGCACCUGAACCCGGUAUUUAUCCCGAAAAGUGCUGUCGGAACAGUUAUGGAUUGGUCGUUCGCAUACCAUAUGACCCGAUUCAGCACAUCGGAGAAGACGUAUCCAUAGAUCCGAGAGAUGGUAAGAAGUGGGCAGAGAAGCAGAUUCAUUGGUUUAUUCGCCAGAAGGUCUCGGUCGAGAAAGGCAUAACCGAGCCCUAUCGGUUGAAGAUCAAUCUCGGGCAAGAGACGGUUCCUUGGAGGACCCAGGUUGUGAUGUGUGGUCUUCCAGCUGCACAACUUCCGAAGAGCAUGAAGCACCAUUCCGUGAAGUCGGUCUGUCACAUCGAGUCUGUUCUCGAUCCUCUUGACAUGAAGUUGAAGAACAGACACUGGUUCCGUGCUCAAUUCAAUCUCAAAGUUCUCUUGGGAUCUGCAGAUUUGAAGUUCCAGCUCUGGGGUAACGGGCAACGACUUAGCAAAGAUCACGAAGAGAUUGGAGUGAUGUGGUACGCUCCAACAGAAAAGGGAGACAUGACCAAGGUUGUUGUGCAAGACACAUUCGAGAUGUAUCCAGUC